AUGGCGGACUCCGGACUCGUCGAUCAUUCCCCCCACCAUCCCACCAAGGCCGCCCAACUGAGCACCGCAUCGAAUGUUAUCUUGAUUGAUAACUACGACUCGUUUACUUGGAACGUCUACCAGUACUUAGUUCUCGAGGGUGCUACAGUCAAUGUGUUUCGUAAUGACCAGAUCACUUUGGAGGAACUGAUCGCCAAAAAGCCCACACAGCUGGUCAUCAGUCCCGGUCCCGGUCACCCCGAGACUGACGCUGGUAUCAGCAGUGCAGCCAUUCAAUAUUUCAGCGGCAAGAUUCCCAUCUUCGGUGUAUGCAUGGGUCAGCAAUGUAUUAUUACUUGCUUUGGUGGAAAAGUUGAUGUCACCGGCGAGAUUCUUCAUGGCAAGACAUCCCCGCUUAAACAUGACGGCAAGGGCGCCUAUGAAGGACUACCUGGCUCGCUCGCCGUCACUCGCUAUCACUCUCUAGCUGGUACACAUGCGACAAUCCCCGACUGUCUGGAGGUGUCCUCUUCCGUUCAGUUGGCGGACGACAGUAACAAAGAUGUCAUAAUGGGCGUGAGACACAAGAAGUUGGCCGUGGAGGGGGUUCAGUUCCACCCCGAAAGUAUCCUCACUGAGUACGGCCGUAUCAUGUUCCGCAACUUCCUCAAACUUACUGCAGGCACCUGGGAAGGAAACGGGAAACAUUUUGGUGAGCAGAGCAGCACUACCAAGGCCACCGUUCCCUCAAACCCUCCCCCGAAAACGGACAAGAAGUUGUCCAUCCUCGAAAGGAUCUACGACCAUCGGAGAGCCGCUGUCGCCGUGCAAAAGACUAUUCCCUCGCAACGGCCAGCCGACCUCCAGGCUGCCUAUGACCUUAAUCUGGCCCCUCCCCAGAUCCCAUUUCCGGCUCGUCUUAGACAAUCGCCCUACCCACUGUCCCUUAUGGCAGAGAUCAAGCGUGCUUCUCCCUCUAAGGGUAUGAUAGCCGAAAAUGCAUGCGCGCCUGCUCAGGCCAGGCAAUACGCGAAGGCCGGUGCCAGUGUCAUCUCUGUGCUCACAGAGCCUGAAUGGUUCAAAGGCAGCAUUGACGACUUGCGUGCCGUUCGCCAAAGUCUGGAGGGCAUGACGAACAGGCCUGCCAUUCUGCGGAAGGAAUUCGUUUUUGACGAAUACCAGAUCCUAGAGGCCCGUUUGGCCGGUGCCGACACCGUUUUGCUCAUUGUGAAGAUGCUUAGUGUUGAACUCCUCACUCGGUUGUAUCACUACUCCCGUAGCCUUGGCAUGGAGCCUUUGGUUGAAGUGAACACACCCGAAGAGAUGAAGAUUGCGGUCGACCUUGGAGCCGAGGUUAUUGGUGUCAACAACAGGGACCUCACAAGCUUCGAGGUUGAUCUCGGCACUACUAGCCGGCUCAUGGAUCAGGUGCCCAGCAGCACCAUCGUGUGUGCUCUCAGUGGGAUCUCCGGGCCGAAGGAUGUGGAGGCUUACAAGAAGGAGGGUGUCAAAGCUAUUCUAGUAGGAGAAGCCCUGAUGCGGGCAGCAGACACGGCUGCUUUCAUUGCUGAGCUUCUUGGAGGCAGCUCACAAACCGUUUCCAGCGAGUCCCGGAGAUCGCCGUUGGUAAAGAUCUGCGGUACUCGAUCUGAAGAAGCUGCACGAGCAGCGAUCGAGGCUGGAGCAGACCUAAUUGGAAUCAUCAUGGUGCAAGGGCGAACGCGAUGCGUCCCCGAUGACGUGGCGCUCCGCAUAUCCCAAGUGGUCAGGUCCACCCCGAAACCUGCUAGUCAAGCUCUUCACACAUCUCAAGAACCUCCCGCUGCGACAUCUGUGGAGUACUUUGAUCACUCAGCCAAAAUUUUGCGUCAUCCUAGCCGGGCGCUUCUCGUGGGCGUCUUUCAGAACCAGCCCCUUGAUUAUAUAUUGAGUCAGCAACAAAAAUUGGGACUUGAUGUCGUGCAACUUCACGGAUCUGAGCCGCUUGAAUGGGCCAAGUUGAUCCCAGUGCCUGUCAUCCGCAAGUUUGGACUUGACGAGCCUGCGAUCGCCCGCAGGGCUUACCACUCCCUACCGUUACUGGAUUCUGGCGUUGGGGGAACUGGUGAGUUGCUGGACCAGUCCCGCGUUCAGAAUGUCCUCGAUAAGGACUGUGGUUUGCGCGUUAUUUUGGCGGGUGGUUUAGAUCCUACCAAUGUUGCUGGCAUUGUCCAGAAGCUUGGCGAAUCUGGCCGCAAGGUCGUUGGCGUAGAUGUCAGUUCUGGCGUAGAGUCAGACGGCGCUCAGGAUCUUAACAAAAUUCGCGCAUUUGUGCAGGCCGUGAGGGGACUCUAG